AUGCCGUUCUACAGGCGCACGGUGGUGCCCCAGCGCCUGUGCCCGCGCAACCCGCCGCAGCCGCUCACGGAGCUCCGCGACGUGAGCCACCUGGCCGCGCUCAGCCUCCUCCGGCAGCUCGCCGACCUCUGUGGCCACUCGCUGGCUCUGCUCGAAGACCUCGAAGGGCACCUGCUGGCCCUGGGGCGCCGCACCGACAGCCUGGUCCGGCGCACUGUGCGCCUCCGUCGCCGCCUUCCCUGCCGCCUGCUUGGCCCCGAGGACGACCAGGACCAGCUAGGUGCCUCCCAUUGGUCAAAGCUAACCCGAAGCCAGAGGGCAAGGGAACCUGUUGAUGCAUUCCGCACAGCUGCAGCUAACUCGGGUCGGGAAAAUGCGACAGCGACUGCCCACUCGAGGUCGUCAUGGCGACAGCCAGUGAACGUGUUCCUCUCCUCAGGCAGGCCCCCGAGUGUAGAGGAGCUGCUUCGCGAGGCGCAGCUUAAUCUCCAGAGCCUGUUGCAAGAAGAAUAUGAGGAACAGUACUCGGAGGCCAGACUGCUGGGGCAGACCUUCCGCUCUGCUGAUGAGGCCCCUGAGCCCACCCCCAGCCCAAGGCCCCAGUCUGCCAGGCGUCUGGAGUUUGUAUUGAUGCCUACAAAACAGCAGCUGAACGAGGAUGAGACUACCACCCAGGGUGUGAGGGCCCCUGAGGCCUCCCUGAGCCUGUCUACCACAGCCGACAAGCAAGUUGCCUGGAAUAGCCCCUUCCCUCUGCCCAUCCUAGAGGAGAAGCGGUGGCUUCAGCCUUGCUCCACGCACUCUGACAUUGUGCCCAUCAACAUCUCUGGGCAGCAGUUUGAUAAACACGCAAGUUUGCGACACUCGCUGUUUAAUACAGAGACAGCUGUGAACCCCAAGUCCACCCUGAGGCGAAGGCGGACCAUUAUUGGAUUCUCUAACUUUUCCCAGCGAGACCAAGGUCACAGCAACAGCCCCACAGGCAGGGUGGUUCGUUCAACCAGCUCAGACAUCAAGCCCAGUCAUUCCGUUCCAGAAGGCAUUCAUGGAAGAGCUGCAGUUGGUCAGGAAGCUUGUUUCCCAAAUCUCAGCUCACCAGUACUGAGAAAUCCUUCUAGUGAUCCAGAAGAACCUCUCCAGGUGCGUGGUAGCACCAAGCCGCCUGGCAUGGAAAGCGUGGGAAUGGUGUAUAGCGUCCCCAGUUCUUGCAAUGGACCAACAGAAUCCACAUUCUCUGCUUCCUGGAAGGGAGAUGCUUUUACCUAUAUGACUCCAAGUGCCACCAGUCAGAACAAUCAAGUCAAUGAAAAUGGAAAAAAUCCUUCCUCUGGGAAUGCAUGGGUCUCUUUGCACACAUUGCCACCUCUGGUUCCUAAGGAGGCUGCCACCCUCUUUGUCACUCGUGAUAACCCAGCAGGAUGCAGUGGGUCAGCUGGCUAUUCUGAACACCCUAUGCAACGAAGGCAAGUACCGGAGCGACCCUUCAAGAUUGGUCUUUUGACUGGUGGUGGUACCUCGAGACUGGAGACAGGCCCAGGUGGGGCCAGCAGGUUCCGGGAGCGGUCACUGUCUGUGCCCACAGACUCAGGCACCCCAGAUGUGGACUACAAUGAGGAGCAGAAGUCCAGUGAAGCCUGUGCCCUGCCUUAUGCCAGUACAAGUUCCGAGGGCAGUAACAGUGCUGACAACAUUGCCUCCCUUAGUUCCCAACAGGAGGCCCAGCACAGAAGGCAGAGAUCCAAGAGUAUCUCACUCAAGAAGGCCAAAAAGAAGCCUUCCCCACCAAUGCGCAGUGUCUCACUGGUCAAAGAUGAGCCAGAAGGUGGGUCAGCACUACCCAAGGACCAGAGGCCCAGGAGCCUUUGCCUCUCCUUGGAACACCAAGGGCAUCACUCAUCCCAGAGUCACACUGCUGUGCCUACCUUCAAAGACCCAGAAGGAACACAAUUCUCCCACCACUGGUAUCUUACUGACUGGAAGUCUGGUGACACCUACCAGUCCUUGUCUAGCUCCAGCACUGCCACAGGCACCACAGUCAUUGAGUGCACUCCAGUUCAAGGCAGCUCAGAGUCUCUUGCCUCCCCUUCCACCUCCAGAGCUACUACACCUUCCCAACUAUCCAUCGAGGUAGAGGCCAGGGAGGUACCCUCCCCAGGAAGGCCCACUGGGCUGAUGUCACCCUCCAGUGGAUACUCCAGUCAGUCGGAGACACCAACACCCACCGUCUCCAUGUCAUUGACCUUGAGCCACUUGCCCCCUCCGAGUGGCAGUGGUCGGGUACGUCCAGUGGUACCUGAGAGGAAGUCAUCACUACCCCCAACAUCACCAAUGGAGAAAAUUUCCAAGUCACGGCUAUCAUUUGACCUCCCAUUGACCUCACCUACAUACCUGGAUCUGUCUGGGAUGAGUAUCUCUAUCCGAAGCAAAACCAAGGUGAGCCGGCAUCACUCAGAUACAAAUUUUGGGGCCAAGCUGCUCCAGAAAACUAGUCCCAAUCAGCCAAUCAUGCCCAUGGUUACUCAGUCUGACCUACGCUCUGUUCGCCUGAGGUCAGUCAGCAAAUCUGAGCCAGAAGAUGACAUUGAGAGCCCUGACUAUGCUGAGGAAUCAGGAGGAGAAGUCUUCACCUUGCCAGAGAGAAAGAUGAAACCUCCUAUAGCUGAGAAACCUCCGCUGGCCCGAAGGCCUCCAAGCUUGGUCCAUAAGCCACCAUCUGUCCCUGAGGAACACCCUCUCACUUCGCCUAUGUUGGCUAUGACCCCUAAGAGCUCAAUUCAACACAUGAGGCCACUCCCUCCAGACAUCUACACGGUGGUACAGAAACCAAAGUCUUCCAGCUUCCCUGAGGCCAGAAGCCCAGGGGAGUCAACAGCACCCUCAUCUCUUGUUUUCACACCUUUUGCCAGUUCCUCUGGUGCUUUCUGCUCAGGAACACAGCAACCUCCCCAGGGAAGCACAGAGGACGAGGGCCCCAAGGUGAGAGCCCUGUCUGAAAGAAUUAGCCUCCAGAGCCGAGAACAAGCUGAGAAGAAGAAAGGCAAGAUUCCACCUCCUGUACCAAAAAAGCCCAGUGUGCUGUACCUGCCUCUCACCUCACCCACAGCUCACAUGGAGACCUACGGGGCUGAACCAAGGCUGCCUGUCAGCCCCAUCAUCACCCUGGAGGAAGAUGACAAGUGUCCCCCCACCGGCGACCACCUGCAAUCACCUGGUACAAGGACCACUUCAUCACCACAGGCUGACGGUGAAAGGGAGGCAAGCUCUCCGGGGAGUUCCAUGGAACCCAGCACCGAAGAGAAAAGUGUUAUCAGUGAUAAAACAGCUGAAUGGAUUGCAGAAGAUGAUGAUGACGUGUUUGUGGCUUCACGCACAACUGAAGAUUUAUUUACUGUGAUACACAGGUCCAAAAGAAAGCUGCUUGGCUGGAAGGAGCCCGGGGAGGCUUUUGCUGGAGGCAGCAGACCAAGCUCCCACUCACCGAUAAGGAACACAGCUGAUUCUCCAAUUAGUGAGUCAGCUGCCUCUGCAGGGUCAAGUGCCAGUGCCAGCCUAGAUGCUGGCAGAAACGAUGAUUUCAAGGCCUUGCUACAGAAGAAGGGAAGUAAGGCAACUCCACGGUCCCGCCCCUCGGCAGCCGAACUGCUGAAGACCACUAACCCAUUGGCUCGGAGAAUUAUCGCACAAUUUUCAAAAGACUACGACACCACUGAUAGCCCCAGUACCUAAGCCCUGGGUUGAGCAAGUAGGGUUCAGUUACUAAACUUGAGUAGAAAAGGGGGAAGAGAAAGGUUUUAAAAAGAAACCAUGAACAUAUCAAAACAGCCUACAUUUCUUUACUUUAACUCACACUCUGUGUCCAGGAGAGACCACUUUAUCUAGAACUAAAGUCAUCAGGCACUUUAAUCAUGCUCAGACAUUUUACGGUUUCAUACUUCACAUCUUGCCAUUACUGACUACAGAUCUUCUCCUUAUUUCCCGCCAGUGGUGUGCACUAAGAAGAAAUUGUCAAAUGCAAAGACGCAUGUGCCAUCUUUUCAAACAAGGACCGCUGCUCCAUCCCUGGCUCCGUCACUGAGGGGCACAGUGUGAGAGCAGACUGAGGGCUGCCAAACCUGGGGACAUGGGGAGCCAUUGCUGAUGAUUCACUUUCCUGGCGAGGCCUUGAUGACUUUUUGUGGAGAAACAGAAAGACUCUGAUGCCUCUUCAACCACGGUGUAGCUCUCUCUCCCUUUAGAGGUUUGCAGGUGUGCACUUAUUUCG